AUGGAUGAUGAUAGGCCAUGGUCCCAGAAACAAGUGGCAGAUAGUAAAACGUCAAGAACAGCUAUGGAGCUCCAUGACAAAGAAUCUCAAUAUGGUGCAUGUUUGCAAAAGCAUGUCUCUAAAGAUAGCGGAGAAGUUGCUACCUAUUUUGAUCUCGCUGUAUAUCAAUCUAUGGUAAGGAUUUGA